AUGGCUUGUUCUAGCAAUAUUUCUAUUGUUGUUCCUCUUCCUUCCUUCGACAUCGACCCCCUCAAGAAGUUUGACGAAGACUUCUUUGACCGUGCCGUUGACACCAUCCUGUCCGAGGAAGUGAGCAUGGAAGAAUCCCGAGAGGAGAUGGAUGACAAUAUCGGUAUCUCUAGUCCCUUUGGGAAUGAUGGUACAGCCGACUCUUCUGCCUCCGCUGCCUGUCCCAAAGGAAAGAGCAAAUCCAAGUCGCCUCAUUUCGCUACACCUUCUACCAGUUCACCUACAAAGAGGAAGAAAUCCAAGCCGAAGUCACCCGCUCAAACCAUGAAGGACGUGUCAGUGCAGGACGAGAACCGUGAUGAUCAAAUGGCAAUUGAUGAUACGGAAAUGACGGCUGAAGAUAAGAUCUUUGCCUCAAUCGAUAUGGAGAAGCAGAUGGAGGUGUUGCAAUUCAUCGCGGCACACCCCUUCAUGGCGAAUCAGGCCCGGCCUGUUGUGCGUUCGGCCAGGACGCAAUUUACUGACGAAGUGCGCCAGAUCGCUGGAAACGCUGGGCUAGAUGAUCCGAGUACCAAUGACUUGAUUGACCUUGUUCGCAAGACGUACCUUGAGGAUCGAGGGAUUACAGCAGCAGAAAACGUAUCUACGUUUGGAGAUGAAGUGGACGAUGAGGAAGAGCCAAGCACCAAACCUUCACACCGCAAGCGACGCAAGAGCGACUCAGAUCACUACGAAGAAAAGGAACACAAGAAAACCAAGAGGCGUCACUCAGAUAAACAUAGACGUCGUAGUGACGAGCCUGUGUCGCUUGAUGAUACAACCAAGGGAGUGGAGGCGCCAGUCUCAACCGAAGUUUCUACUGAAGUUCCCACUGAAGCCAAGGAAAAUGGAUCUGCCCAAGCGGAUGCCCCUGAAACCCCGAUGGGCUCCGUUCUGGACAGCCGCAAUGAACCGUCAGCGAUGGUUGACUUAACCGGAUCAUGGCCCGUGGACGAGCUCGUCGUUAAACCUCAAGCCAAUCUACGUCAAAGUGAAGAUAUCGAUGCUAUCGGCGACCUGAAGAGCCUCAAUGCGAGCAAUGACGAGGAAGCUCAGCUUUCACGUCACUUGUUAGACGAAAUGGCUUCAGCUUAUGCCCCGAAGGUAUCUAUUCCCGAGAGCCCGCCUGUUAAAUCAGAGCUGCAAGAACCGCAAGGGCAAAAUGGACCGGACUCCCGUGACCAUGACAAGAAACAAAAACACCACAAAGCCCGAAAUCAGCGUAAACGUCAACGCCAACGCGAACGCAAAAAGGAAUUCAACAAACAGCGCGCGAGCUUGAGCGCACAGACACAGACCCAAGGAAACCCUUUCGCCCAGGCAGCUGAAGAACAGACGCUGCCCUCUACUCCAACAAAACAGGCCCCCCAAAGCCCUAAUGGAAGCGGACGGAGUUCCGUAUUACCCGCGCUUGCUGCCGAUCCAGCAAAGUGGGACUUGGAUUUUUGA